GGAGAGAGAAAAAAGAAAGGAAAUAAAAAUAAAAAAUAAAUUAAAAUAAAAUAUAAAAGAGAGAAAAACCAAAACAAAGAUACGUGAUAAUCGCGAAUGAAAGACGCAUAUAUAUAUAUAUAUAUAAUAAUAAUAAUAAUAAUAUUAAACAAUAUUAAUAAUAAUAGUAAUAAUAAUAUUAAUAAUAAUAUUAAUAAUAAUAAUGAUACCUAUUUUUAUACGGAGAAAUUCGUUUCUAUGUGUGGUAUUGCACAAAAUAUUCUGUAUACUUACUUUUAAGAGAGUUAAAAAAUGAACGUUUUGCGCUAUUGCUGCGAGCAGUCCUAAAAGAUAAGAAGAAAGAAAAGAAAAGAAAAAAAAAAGUAAAGAAAAGAAAAGAGCCGAUAAAAGGUAGAAAUUUGGCUCGUUGACAAGAAAAGAAAAAAAGGCUGCACGGCGGUUUAAAAGCAAAGAUACCGAUGAUCUUUGAGGAUAAGGGAAAUAAUACAAAAACGAGAAGAUCGGUUUGAUAAAGUUUGUUAAAAAAAAAGUUAGAUUCGACGAGGGAGGAAGACCUUUUGGGCGAAUCGAACAGUGAUAAGUAUUGACGAGAGGACCGUUUUGUCUUUGAAAGGUUCUCUGCACUUAGAGUACCUUAGAGAAAAUAUAGAAUAUAUACAUAUAUAGAUAUAUAUAUUAUAUAUACAUACAUACGUACAUACGUAAUACUUACGUAGAGAUACAUAUACGUUGCACGAUUACAUUAGAUGAUAGAUCAAUAUAGAGUAGUGAAUUUUAGACAAAAAAAAAAAAAAAAUAAAAUAAAAUAAAAUAAAAGAUAGAGUGCAAAGAAGAUCUGCCUUAUUCGAGAAACGAAUGGUCGUUUAAUUGACAAACAAGAAAAAUAAUAAAAAGGAACAAAAAAAAAAUAAAAAUUCAAAAUAGAAGUAAUAAUAAUAAAAAGAGAAUAUAUAUAAAAUAAAAUAAAAUAAAGAACACGAAACACACCUAGAACAUAGAAAUAAAUCAACGACGAUGUAUCGUCGAAUGAUUGACGACGACUUUAUAGUUAACGAGUCGGUGAUGAAAAAAUUGCUAAGAAUCAAGGUACUUGCAAAUAUUCAUUCGAUGGACUUCGUAACAUGUUCCGGGCUUACAGAUUAUUCGUGUUUUAUUUCACGUCAACCAUAGUGAUCGGGGUAUUGAGAACGUUAACGACGAAAUUGGAACCCUUAGCGAUGGCUUUCGUCCAACAAAUCGUUGAGUUAUACGACAAGGAUCGUGAAUUUUAUGCUUCUUAAAUAUUAUAUAUAUAUAUCUCUCUCUAUAUAUAUAUAAAGCGUAUAAACGAGUGAUUAGAAAAGAAGUAGAAUACAAAAAGUACUUCCUUACUUUUGGUAGGAGUAAACAAACAAACAAACAAACAAACAUUCGCAUAAAAAAGAAAAACAAAAAAACCAUCGAGCUUAAAAGAGAAAAAGUUAGUGGUUACUCACCGGUGUAGUUUUGGGUGCUGUUGGUUGGUUGGCAUAUUUCGCGAAGAAAAAAUAAAAAAAAAAAAAAAAAAAAAAAAAAAAAAAAAAAAGCAACGGCGUUUCCUCUUACCGUCCAAAAGACAAUAAAAUGGAAGAGGAAGGUUGUUUCAUUUCGGAUGGAAGAAAAACGGGAAUUGUAGUAGUAGUAGUAGUAGUAGUAUUAACAGAAGUAGAGUCGUCCAUUCAUCGUCAGACGAGUGAAAAAGAAGAAGAAGAAGAAGAAGGAAUUAUUCGUGAAAAACCGCACGUUUGAGCGGCCUUCUUAAGAUCCAUCCACCCCAAAAAAAAAAAAAAAAAAAAAAAGAAAAAAAAAAAACAAAUGUUCUCUUUCUUCGUCCAAUCAAAGCAUCGACAGAACUACGAAUAAUGGUAGAGCCGAGAUGGGCAAUCAAAUGUAUGAAUAGUACCCUGGAUUUGUUGAGUCUGAGCAGUAGUUAUACGGAUUUGAAGACGUUGUAUAAGCAACAGUCGAAGAAAUAUUCCUGCCUAUGUCGUCGCCAUACCAUAAGCGUGAUAUCGAUAAACGAGUGGAAGAAAUUAUAUUGGUUCAAUUGCAAAAACGUCAGGGAAAAGAUCAAUUACGGUUUAGGUGAAGGAUAUUAUCAAAAACUUCUUCGAAUUAUUAACGGUGCCUUGAACACUUGGGCGCAAUAUUAUAUAGACGGUUUGAGUGUUGCCCGUAGGGAUAUCAUGUUCAAGAUAAACGGCACGGCAAAGAAAAACAUGAAGCUAUUGAAGGAGGGAUGCUACUGUCAUUACCAUCCGCACAUUACGGCGGAUGCGUGCAACGCCGACUUUCUCAAAAAAGUCGUAAGUUUCUGGGCCACAGUUAGCCCUGGAAGAAUACGCGAUAAACUACGCGAAAGACUAACAACAACUUACACCAUUAAAAAGAUGUCGGAUGACGACAGAAUGUCUCUCACUACUGCGGUCAGCGACGACGACGAUGGUGAAAGUGUGAUAAAUUCGCCCUAUCGUGGAAAACAAACUGGAACCGCUGCUGCCUCGUUCAAUUGCACCGGUGCAGUUAGAAAAGCAGGUUUCCUCAGCGUGAAGAAAUGGUUGUUACGUAAGAAGCAUCAAAUUGAGCUUGCAAGGAAAAGAGGCUGGAAGGGUUACUGGGUCUGUCUGAAAGGGACCACACUUCUUUUCUACCCUUGCGAUUCGCAAGAAAGUAGAGCCAUGGAAGCGGCACCUAAGCAUUUAAUUAUCGUCGAUGGUGCUAUUAUGCAGCCAAUUCCGGAGCACCCCAAGAGGGACUACAUAUUUUGCCUGAGCACCGCUUUCGGCGAUGCUUAUCUUUUUCAGGCGCCGUGUCAAGUGGAACUCGAAAAUUGGGUGAAUAGCAUACAUUCUGCUUGUGCGGCCGCGUUCGCUCGUCAUCGCGGCAAGACAGGUACUUUACAUCUUCUCCAAGAAGAGAUCUUUCGUUUGGAAAAGGCGAUAGAAUCGGAUCACAAGAUGAAACAUAUGGCGGAUCUUCAACAAUCCGUCGUAUCUGACGUCGAGACUAAACAACAAAUAAACAAUCAGAUAAUCCAAUGGGAAGAAAAUCUCGAACGACUUCAUUGCGAACAAUUUCGUUUGAGAUGUUACAUGGCCAGUUUGCAGAGCGGUGAAUUACCUAAUCCGAAGAGUCUACUAACACACGUAUCUCGCGCUACGAAGCAGACUUUGAACAAAUUGGGUGUCUUCACCGUGUCGUCCUUCCAUGCAUUCAUUUGCGCACGAAGUCCCUCAUUAUUGAACAAUUUGUUAGCCGGUCGUGGGGCUACCAAGAGAAGACCGCCACUUUUAUCUAGGUCGAACAGCGGAUCUAGCCGAAGGUCAUUACAAAUAUCCUCUAGAGACGAAGAGAAGACUGUCAAAGUAUCCGUGCCGGAUAAUCAGCUCGUUUCGGUUUUUCUGCGCGAUGCUAUGACGGUAGAAGAAUUUUUAGCUAGCGCUUGUAACAGGAAGAAUCUCAAUCCCAUGGAACAUUUCGUACGAGUAAAAAAACGACGCGACAUGGAGGACCACAAUUAUUUUGUACCACAUAGAACCGAUUUGAUCGAUACUUAUUUACACACGCACGAGAUAGUCGAGGUCUGUGCUAAGAUCUUGUAUCAGGUGGAAUUGCAAAGGAACACCUUGGAACAAAUGUGGGGUUUUUCCGUGGAGGCUGAACUUAUUGAAAAUUCCGAUAGACAGGACGAGCUUUGUUGUUACGUUAGCAGAGUCGAAGAUAAAAGCGUGGCAAUGCAGAACGGGAUUAUUAAGGGUGAUGAGAUUAUGGUAAUCAACGGUGCUAUAGUAAGCGACUUGGAUAUGAUGUAUUUGGAGAGCGUUCUUCAAGAAGAGGUUGGUCUUUGUAUGAUGAUGAGAUCGUCUAGAACAGAACCACCAGAUCUUACCGGAAUUAUGAGAGUCACUGAUGACAUCAUUGAGAGUUUGGUCUGCCCACCCCCGCCCUCAGAUCCGCCAGUUAUAAGUGAAGAAAUGAUAUCCGGCCUUAUAGUACCUGCUCCAGGAUGGAGCAAGGAAAGUCUCAUGCAAGAGUGUACGACUACCUCGCACAUUGAGAAUGGUAAGCAAACAUCAAGAACGAAUUCAUUCGAGAUAGAAAAUUUAUUAAAAACGGCCGAACAAGUAACGGGUAUUUGCCGAUCACCCGGUGAGACCAGAAAAUCAAGUCCCACAGGAAGUGUCGUGAGUUCACAUUCUCAAGCACUAACACCAAGUAGGCAAUUGAGCGACGCCGAAAAACUAAAGAAAGUGAUAUUAGAAUUGAUCGAGACUGAACGAACUUAUGUAAAGAAUUUAAACAAUUUGCUGGAAAAUUAUUUGGAACCCCUUAAACGCGAAACCUUCUUAUCUAAUGCCGAAAUAAAUGCACUAUUUGGAAAUAUUCAGGAGAUAGUCACGUUUCAACGACAGUUCCUGCAAAAUCUUGAUCACGCUAUUGAAAUGGAGGCGGAUUUCAACAGUUUUGACCAUCCUAGUCAAUUUAAGGGUGUUCUGUUUUCCAUUGGAAGUGCCUUCUUAUAUUACGUAAAUCACUUCAAGCUUUACAGCUCGUUUUGCGCAAGCCAUUCGAAGGCCCAAAAAGUUUUACAUCCAAACGAAGGAAAUCAAGCUUUACAAGAGUUCCUGCAAGCGAGAAAUCCACGUCAACAGCAUUCCUCGACAUUGGAAUCGUACUUGAUAAAGCCAAUUCAAAGAAUACUCAAAUAUCCGUUGCUUUUGCAACAACUUAGAAAUCUCACUGACGAACGAAGCGAAGAACAUCAACAUUUGAUAGAGGCUCUCAAGGGUAUGGAAAAAGUUGCUGAACACAUUAACGAAAUGCAAAGGAUUCACGAGGAAUACGGUGCUAUUUUUGAUCAUCUAUUCAGACAACAUCAAAAAUCUUGCAAACAGCCAAUCGAUUUGAGUCCCGGAGAUCUUUUGUAUUACGGCGGCGUCGAGUGGUUAAAUAUUUCAGACUUUCUUGGUAAGAUAAAGAAAGGUUUGGAAUUGCACGCCAUGUGUUUCGUUUUCAAAUCCGCCGUAGUGUUCCUCUGUAAGGAGAGAUUAAGACAAAAGAAAAAGCUCAUGGGAGUUUCAACGAAAGCGAAUUCCAGUGAGGUAGAAAUAAUUCGUUAUCAAGUUUUGAUUCCCGUUACCGAGGUUCAAGUUAGAGCCAGUUCAGCCAAAGAUAUGGAAUCGCAUUUCUUAUGGGAGUUGAUACAUCUUAGAAGUCAAUUACAGAGAAGAUCGGAAAAAGUUUACGUACUUUCUAACAGUACGACGGAAUUUAGAAAUGCAUUCUUAAAAACUAUUCGACAAAUCAUACGAGAAUCGGUUAGAAAUAUGAGUAUUCCUUCAACGAAACAAAACAUAAAUCAACCACCGAUGACUAUAGCACCUAGGAUGUCCACUAGUCACGUAGAAAAAUUUGAGAAACAAGCGACUCAGAUCCAAAGUCAAAAUGGUAAUGGUACCACGGUGGUAGCUACGGGAACUUUGUCAAAAAAAGCUAUAAAGCAACAAUUGUUAAGUAAUUCGCAUAAUGCCAAACGAAAGUAUAGCCAUUCGAAACAAUCUGUGGAACAUGAAAGUUCGGAGGACAAGGAUAUGGAAGAACCAGCUAUAAGCCAACAACAGAUAACAUUUCGUACGAGAAGUAAAACUAUAAGCGACACUUCGGGCGAAGUAAAAGUUGAAAUGGAUUCAGGGACUAAAUCGGAAGGAGAGGAAGACUCUCAAGCUUUUUUAGGCGAGAAGAAGACUAAUCUGGGCCGUACACCUAAUCAUUUGACAUUGAGCACUACUUCUACCAUUUCCGCCGGAAGUACUGGCAGCCAAGCCAGGCUCAUUCAGUCUUCUCAUCAGCCAGAAAAUUAUCAACCAAUUACAGUUAAAGAGCUUGGUUCGCCAAUUUGGAAACCCCGAGAAUUGCCAUCGCUAGGCGAGGCUACGACGUUACCAAGAAAGGGUAAGUCGGCAGGCGAGUUCACGGACAUGACCUCGAGCCACAGCGCCUCAAGGAAAUCUCUAAUUGAGAUAAGCAAUUGUGCUCAACAAUCUAAUUUUAAUAAUCGGGGGAUUGAAUAAACGUUUAAAUAUCAAAAAGAAAAGAAAAAAAAAUCAAGAUGAAAUCCGUUUAAGUUCGAAUUAUGUUCGAACGAACGAUGAUGACUCUACUACUUAUUGCAUAAGGUCAGACGAUGAUCGAGUGAAAAAAGAAAGAGAGAGAGAGAGAGAGAAGGAAAGAGUUGGCAAGAAAAAGUGAAAGAUUAAUAAGUAAGAAAAAGAUUAGAAAGAACACACAUAUGUGUUUUAACGUUAUCACCAUGGUUAAUUAACGCGUGAUUUAAUUAUACAAAUCUUGCUAAGCCGCCCACGCGGUAUACGCAUAAACGAUUAUUCAAACAAAAUGAAGACAACAUCCGCUACUACUCCUCCUCCUCCUCUUCCUCCUACUCCUCUUCCUACGAUUUAAUACUACACUACUCCUCGUUCUCAUUUUGUCUUCCAAGUAUUAAAAACAACGUUAUGUCGUCGGCCGUUUUCGUUAAUAUACCCAAAAAAGAAAGAAAGAAAGAAAAACAAAAAAAAAAAAAAAGAAAUAUUUACAAUUGUUACGAAUCAUACUUUACCAUAAAAUAUCACCGAUGUUAUUAUUAUUAUUAUUCUUACGUUUAAAUUCAAUCCUUUCUUUUUUUUUUUUUUUUUCAAUUACUUUACGUUAAACAAUUUCUAAUCUCUCUCGGAUCGUUCAUAGAUCAUUUUAUCGUCGAAGUUGCGAUCCGGUUAAUCUUUUAUUAUGGUGGUUUGGGGCUUUUAAUUGAACCGUGCCCGGUACGGUACGGUGUAUCAUUUUGCCGCUCGAAAUGCAUCGUUAAACGUUAACGUUAAUAAUUAAUAAACAACAACAAAAAAAAAAAAAA